UGUUGUGUGUCUGUACUAACAUCACUGAAGGAUCUUCACAGUGUUCUUCAGUACAGUAACAAUACAUGUUUGGUUCCCUGUUAAUAUUGAAAAACAUGAUCAAAAUCAACAAAUACUGCUUUCAGGGUCAGAACUGUUUCCAAAAUCUACUUGAGCAGAUCGAGAACAUCUCUACAUCUCAAGUGCUCUCUGUGACUACUGUGACAAACAUUUUGACAAUGGCCUUCAACGCUUCAGAGAAGAUUUUAGGGUCAUCAUCAUCAUCAUCAGUCAGCCCAGCUGAACUCGCCGCCCAUGGAAACCGUGUGUUAAAAACCAGUGAGAAACUCAUUUCUACAUUGGUGAAGCCGACAGACACAAGUGACAAUGUCAGCUUUACUCUUGCCACUGUAGAGGGACAAGUCUUCAUGGUUGGACCACAGGUCACCUUAGAUAAAAUCCCUCGACUUGACACAACAAAUUCUUCUGUGGACAUUGAUCUCAUUGGGAUCGCUAACAACAGUGAAACAAGAUCAGCUGCUGUGGCUUUCAUGAGUUACAACACAAUGGAGAAUCUACUGAAGCCUGAUUUCUUCAACACAUCAAAUGACACAGUUAAAACCAUGAUGUCCACUGUGAUCUCCGCUACUCUUCCCAAAAUCACCAACACUAAACUCACCAAACCAGUCAACUUCACCUUCAAACACAUCAGAGAGUUUGACCCCAACGGUUCUCUGUCCUGUGUGUACUGGAAUAUCAGCGAGUGGAUUGUAGAUGGUUGUUCUGUUUUAAAGACCAACAGCAGCUACACUGUGUGUUCCUGUGUUCAUCUGUCGACAUUCGCUCUCAUCAUGCAAACCAGCAGACCACCAGAGAAUGACCCACUGCUGGACCUGUUGAAUUUGGUGUGUGUGAUUGUGGGGCUGGUGUUCUUCAGUUUGGCCCUGUUGACCUUUGCCCUUUGUCAGUGGAGUCCUGGAGUGAAUAACGUGGCUCGAAUCAACCUCUGCAUCAGUCUUCUGCUGGCUCACCUUCUGUUCCUGCUCACACAACAGUUCCUGAGCCUCAUACGCCCUCAUCAGGUGUUGUGUGACGUGAUAUCAGGUGUUCUGCACUUCCUCUUUCUCUCCGGCUUUAUGUGGAUGUUCAUUGAAGCUGUGCUGCUCUUCAUCUGUGUGAAGAACCUAUCACAGAUCAGCUCCAAAAAGAGGGAAGUGCUUAGCAGUGGAUUCCUGUGUGUGAUUGGAUAUACGGUUGCUCUGGUUGUGGUGGGUGUGUCUGUCGGGCUGGUUCCUGAAGGAUACGGCAGCGAACACUGCUGGAUUAAAAUGGACAAAGGUUUCAUCUGGAGUUUUCUGGGUCCUGUUUGUGUCAUACUAGCAUUGAACAUAAUUCUCUUCAUCAACAUCAUCAUCAGUCUGAACUCAACUCUCAAAAAUCUGAACGCUGAAGUUUCACAGAUGAAACAAACCAAGAUUAUGGUAUUUAAAACACUGGCUCAGUUUGUGGUUCUUGGUUGCUCCUGGAUUCUGGGUUUCUUCACUAAUGACAGUAAGGUUCUGGAGAUCCUCUUCCUGAUCUUGAACUCCCAGCAGGGAACCUUCAUCUUCCUGGUCUAUUGUGUCCUCAAUAAUGAGGUCAGGGAACAGUACAGGAAGUUCUUCAGAUGUCUUUGCUGUGGACGCAAACAACACUUAGGACUACAGCAUGGAAAAUGAGUGAAGCGCCUUUGUUAUACAGUGAAUUACCACCACAACAUAAUCAGUGCUUUCAGAUACUACAUGUCAAUCUCAGAUACUGUCUGUAAAUAUUAGCUAUUAGCCUAAAAUUAUACAAGUCUCAUUUUAUAGCUGUCAUUAAUUUUUAUCUUUUAGCUUUCUUUUACUAGUUAAUCAUAUUUUUUUAAGAGGUCUUGCUUUAUUCUUUUAGGCCAGUGUGUGAUUUAUUAUACUCGAGACCCCUCAAGUUAUUAUUGCUUUUCUUUUAAUUGCCUCUAUCAUCGAACAUAAAUAUUUAGGGUCAAGGCAGUAGAUGAUUUUUAAUCAUUUUCUUAUUGAUAUUAAUCAGUAAAUAAUCAGUUUAAUUUUUUUUUUUUUUUUCCCAGCAUUGAGUUUCUCGUAAAUAUGAAUAAUGACUGGUAUAGAUUUUAGACUUAUAACAGACAUAUGAUAAUAUCACAAGUAAACAUGGUAAUCUAUUCACACGAUAUUAUAUAUUGCAGCCUUUUUCAGGAAUCUCUUCUAAUCAUGUCUAAAAAAAAAAAAAAAAAAAAAACAUAUAAUAUAUAUAUAUAUAUAUAUAUAUAUAUAUAUAUAUAUAUAUGUUGUUGUUGUUGUUGUUUUUUUUUAAGAUUUAUUUUACCCCUGUGGAAUCAUGUUUAACAAAUAAAUGGU